CUUUAUUUAUCAUUCAUCACAAUGUACAAAACCUGCAAAGUCUUCCUCUUUUGUUUGUUCAUAGUCUUUAUUCUCCGCAGAUAUUCAAAAUAUUUCUAAACAUAAGAAUGGUUGAUUCAAUAAAUUACAAUGGAGGCAUAUUUAGAUUUAUUCCAUUUGAAAAUAAAACUUGGAUAAUUGAUCUUUUACAAGAUAGUGUCGAAAAGCAAGAAGUUCAACUACUCAUCAGCCUACUCAUCAUAUCCUGUAUAUUCAGUAUACUGACAAUUAUAAAAGUAAUAUUUAUUCGUUGUACUGAGAAGUCAGCAUUGAGCAACAAUGAUAAAAAGUCAUCUGAAACAUUACAUCAUCAUUCCAAUACAAUAGAAUUAAUUGACAGAAAUGAAUCAUAUAAAUCAUAUAAACCAAAUUACAAAACUACAGAAAGUGAGUAUUUUUGUUUUAAUGAUACUUUAGAAUGGGAUGAUGACAUGUCACUGUUAAAUAGUCAAUACAAUAAAAUAAACAACACAAGGCGGCAUUAUCAGCAAUUUGAAAAUAACGAUGGUGAUAAUAAUAAUAGUAUUAAUAGUAAUCAUAUAUCUGAACACAUUUCACAAGGAAAGAUGUCAGUCUCUGAAGAAAUGUUGAGUACACAACAGUACAGUAACAGAACGCAUCAACAAUAUACAGAAUCCAGGGAUAUCUCUAAUAAUAAUAAAAGUUUAUCAGAUAAAACCUACAGAUUAGAAUUGUCUAAAUUUCAUAGAAAAUAUUUAAUUCAUUUAUCUGUCUAUUCUGCUCUGUUUGUUAUGUGUUUUAUUGGAUUCUUGGCCAGUUGUAUAGUGUUAAUAAGAAAUGAACAAACUUUACUACAACAAAUUAAUAGUCUUCCAUCAGAUUUGAAAUUAAUUUGCUUACAUAUUGGAGAAUUUAUUCAAUAUGCUAUAAAUAAUGCUUAUACUCUAACAACCACUCAUAUCCAUAAUGAUGCAUUACGUCACCCACCUGAUAAAAGUCGAUUAAGUCAAUUUGUUCAAAGUAUUAAAUAUUUUAUAGCUGAAUUAACUACUUGUUUAACUACUGAUUUAUGUGAUGCAAGUAGUAUUAAUGUGGCCGGUUUAAAUUUAUUGCCAAGAAGACAAGAAAAUCAAGAAAAGAAUUUAACUUUAAUUCAGUUAUUAAAAGCGAUUGAAAUAAAAUCAUAUAUGACGCUAAAUAGUUUUGAUUCAGUUUUUCAAAAAUAUGUAAAUUUAAACAAUGUGGCUAGAUCAAUGAAUAAUGAAAUGAUUAGAAGAAUUGAACGCUCAUGGUAUGAAUAUCGACAGAGUUUAUCACCUUUUAACUUUCAAUUCACCUCUUCAAAUGUAUAUAAUGAAAAAAUCAAUAGUAAUAAUACGAGCUCAACAUCACUAAUAUCCUCAAAUUGGUGGAACACUUCACCUGUCAUACAGGAAACUAAAAAUACUUUGUGUAACAGUUCAACUGUUUCACAACUUGUUGACUUCAAAUCAUGCAAAGACAUUGAUGAGUUUUUAUUAGAAUUAAUAAACUAUUGUACACAUCUUCCGGUAACUUUACCAUUGAACAGUGUAUCAUCUGUUUUAAUCUAUGAUUUGAUACCGCAAGCAUUGAAUAUUGAACAUCUGAUAAACAAUUGGUUACCAGUAGUUAAUAAUUUAUCUAGUAAUGGUGUUAACUUUUUGUUUGAAAUGUAUUUAAAACCAAAAAUUAUUGAAACUAAUCAAAAGAUUUCAGCCUAUGCUAGAGAAUAUCCACCGAGUAAAUCUAUUGAAACAUUGAACCAGCUUUUACGUUACAUUAGUAUUGGAAUGACUGUAUUUUUUAUCAUGCUUAUUGUGUUGUGUAUGAUUACGCUUACUUUGUAUAUUCAUGUACUCAUCUCACGCAUACAAUAUAUGAAAAAUCAAAAGCUACAAUAUAAUAGUUAUUUCAGUAAACAUUUUCGCCUUGAAAUGCAUCCGAAUCGAUCAGUAUGUUUACGACUCACAGUGUGUACAGUUUCUCUGAUAAUUCUUUUAUUUAUUAUAUUUAGUCUAUCGUGUGUAUAUCUUUCUGUUAUAAGUACAGAAGAAGGUUGUACAUAUCUAACGCCUAAUAAUUUAGCACAAACCAAAGCUGAUGAAUUAAUUACAAGUUAUUUGAAAACAUUGAUUUACAGUAUAAAACAAAUACAUAACUUUUUAUUAAUUGAUAAUAUAAAUUUACAAAUACCACAGAAUAUUUUAAAAACACUAAAUUCAGAAUAUGUCCGAGGACAUUUACCAUUAUUACGAAGUUUACGGAUUAAUCGACCGUUUAAUUUCACCGCUGCACUGAACUCUGAAUACACUGGUUCAAUGUUAAAAAGAGUCUGGGAUAAAGAGGUUAUAAAAAAAUUGAGUAGCUCUAAUUUGAAAUCAAAAAUUCCAUCUAUUAACCUAAAAGAGAUCUAUGAGCAAACAAAGGUGACCUUGAAACUCGAGAAUUCCUUCGAUAGUUUGCAUGUUGGUAAUAUAACAGAGUAUUUCGUUGACCCCGGAAAGAAUUACUUCAUGAUACUUCUACGUAAUCUUCAAAAUAUAUCACAGUCUAGAAAUGAAAAUCUUAUUAAUUUUUACAAUAAGCUAAAUCGUCUGUAUACUGAAUAUUAUGAUGGUUAUAUAUUUGUUCAAAAGAACUUAGAUAUAAUUCAGGAGAAUAAAGCUAUUCUACAACCAUUGGAUAGUCUUGUCAAUAUGGGAUCCAGUAUGCUAGAAAAGAUUCAAGCAAUGUCUGACUCAAACCUUCGAAGCCUGAUUGAUCAAUUACUUCCUGUAUGUUGGUCUCAGUUGAAACCGAGUAUACAGCGUAACAUAAUCCCGUUCAUUUCAAAUCUACUCGAUGAUAUGAUACCAUUUGAAGGGUUAAAUGACAUUUAUGUACAGACUGUUGGUUCUGUUUGUCAGGAGAUGACGACGACUACUACUACUACGACAACGACGACGACUGUUACACAUGAUAAAGAUCCACAUCAUGGAAAUGCUAUACUGCCUGAAUUAAAAUUAUUGGGGAUUGCAGCUUCAGCUGCAACAUUACACUUAUCAUCAUCAUCAUCAUAUUGGAUUGACAAAUAUCCUAUACACAAAAUGGAUUCUAGUCGUAUUCUAUCAAGUGAAAUGAUGAUAUCAACCACAAAUAGUGGUUGUAUGGGUAAUAAACAAUCCUUGAAACUGCCAUCUACAAAUAUGAAUAUGGAGAACAACUUUAAAUUGCUAGAUAUUUACGCUUUAAUUGAACAAAUUUCUAUUGAGAAUUUAUGGUUAGCUCAUCAAUUAGUGAAUUCAGAGCAUGGAAGUAUGAAAGAUGCAGAGACAGGGAAUACACUACUACAUUAUUUAAUUUUAUCAGUUUCUAAAUUAGUAGUUAAACAGCAAAAUAGUAGUAGUAUUGAUUUAUCUGAUUUAUCUAAAAAUUUAUAUCCUGAAUGGGCUUCAGCAAUUGUUGGAUUAGUUUAUCGUCUUGUUAUACACGGUCGAUGUUCAAUUAAUGCACAAAAUAAUAUGGGAAAUACACCAUUGCAUUUAGUCUGCCUUCUACCUUACACGGAAUUUUUAACAGUGCAUUUAAUACGUUUAGGAGCUGAUCCAGAAAUUAAGAAUAAUUGUGGUCUUCAUAUCUAUUACAACUGUGAAGAAAGAAGAGCUUGGUUAGUAAAAAAUUUGCCUGGUUUAAACUGUGGUAUAUGGAAUGCAAUUAGAAGAGAAGAUCUGUCUAAAGUAGAUUAUUAUUUAUCCUGUUGGUGUCGAACUGUAGCAAAUCAACCAAGUGGGAAAAGUUUAUUCGAGUGUGCAAUGUCAACGGGUAAUUAUGAAUUAGUCAGGCAUAUUGAUCAAGCACGUAACACAAAUGAGUUGAUUGCAGCAACAUUGGCAUUAGAUUUAAACUAUAUGGAGAGUCUUUUAUCGACAAAGAUUGAAAAGGAAAGGUGUCAGGUGAAUAAAUGUGAUGUAACCUUUGAUCCACCUCGUCCUUUAAUCGCCGAAUUGAAAAUGUUAUAUGGCUCUAAAGCGAAUGAAGCUGUUGAAUUACUUAUAAAAUAUGGUGCAUCUGAUGAAUUACUCUACCAUGAUGCAGUCAAACAGAAAAAAAUGGCCUUUGUCAACUCUUCAUUUUAUCUGCAAGUAAAAACAGCUAGAACAAUGCUAGAUUUAAAUAAAGCAUGGGAAUUAAUUGAUCAUCCUUCAUUUCAACCAAAACUUCGUAGACAUACAGAUCAGGCAACUUAUUUGCAUUUUUUAGUUGAACGUUAUAAAAGCUUAAGAUGUCAGCCAAAUUUACAACGUGGUUUAAUUCGGCUUAUGGCUAAACUUGCCAUAUCUGGUGUUGAUCUACAAGCACGUGAUACUUCUGGAAAUACUGCCUUACUUUGUGCUGCUAAAGUGAAUCAUGUUGUAAAUGAAGAUGUUACAGAGUUAGCUGAAGAACCAGUUUCUCAACAUGGUGAUGAAGAGAAUAAUGAAGAAGACGCCACUGAUGUACAAGAAGAUGUUCAGAAUAAUGAAGAGGCAACAGGUUCUUCAGAACACAGACCUGAAUCUGUUACUGACAUGGAUAAAACAAAUGCGGGAGAAGAUAUUACUGAAGUUGGUAAUGUAGACAAUAAAAAAGAUGUGAUUGGUAGCAUAGAAGUUUCUGUAGAAAAUACAUCUGAUCAGUCCAAUACGUCUACACCGAUUCUGUACCGUCCAGCAACAGAAGAGAUAAAGGAACCAUCCAAUUUGUACAUGAAAAUUCCACAUUUCAGUGAUCAACGUUUGAUUUCUGUUUUAAUUCAACUGGGUUUGGACAGUUCAAUUCCAUGCAAUGAUGGUUAUUCAGUAUAUCAUGAAAAUUACAUUCCUAAAGGUGUAUAUACUAUCGCUAGAAAUAUACAAACCAGUCUACUGAAAUGCAGUAUUAAACAAUCCAAAGGUAUGAUAGAUCAUCCAGGCAUUUGGCCAAUUGUCGAUAGACUAGUUUACAGUAUACAACAUAAUAAAUCAGAAGAUAUCAUCAAUUACUUUUAUACUGAAUUAGAGAAUACAAUUAAAGCAAAUCUAAUUUGGUUAAAAGCAAAACGCUCUGGAUUAACAGUCAUAGAAUGGAUUAAAUCAUUAUGGAGUCAUCAAAAUCAUUGUGAAAAGUCAACUGAAUUAAUGUCUGCCAAAGUGAUAAACAUGCUGCAAAGUUAUAUCAGUUUAACUGAAUUCGCUAUCUACGCUUUAGCCGGUGAUGUAAAACAGAUGAAACAAUGUUUAGCAAUGGGUAAAGGUCAACUGAAAGCUAAAUUACACAUGGAAAAAUAUUUAAUUAGCAUCAAUAAAAAUCAGGCAAGGGCAAAUUUUAUAUCACGUCCAUUAUUGAUUCAUGUAAUGGAAUAUUCUACACCAGAAGUAUUAAAGCUUAUGAUACAAUCUGGAGCUAAUUUAAGUGAAUAUUAUUCAGAAACAGAACCAUUUGGUCCGGUGGCAUUUUGGAGUUUCAAAGAAUUUGUCAGUCUUCAGCACACAUAUGAAGUUAUUAAAGAAGCUCCUAUUCAUUUAAGAGACUCGAAUGGAUCUUCAUUAUUUCAUUGUGCUGCAAAUCUAUUCCGUGUAAUACAUCCAGAAGAUAUGAAUGGAUUUCAUUGGGCGAGUUUGAUUUUAGCUACAGUAUUAAAGCGAGGAGUGAAAAUUUAUUAUCGAGAUGUCUGGGGAAGAACUGGACGUGAUUUAUUGGACAAGAAAACGCAGAAAUUAAUGUACAAAGAUAGUGAUUUUGAUGAGAAAGAGGAGGAUUUUAGACCAUUUGAAGAAAAGGGUCCAGAUCCUUUUGAUCUAUAUGAAAUAAUCGAUUCAGAUAGUGGUAAUGUACUGACAGCUGAACAAUUAAUUGAUCGUCAAAUCACUCUCCAGGUAUCUGCAAAUCAUUUACACUCGAUAGAAGAAUUAAUUCUUUAUGGUUAUAAUUAUCUGCAUUUAGCUAAUUCUGGUCCACCAAAGUAUAAAUCUGCAAGAAAUAUAGCUGAAUGUAAAGAGUACACUGAAAUGUUAACACUGUAUGAUACAGCUGAUCAGUAUCGAUUAGAAAUGAGUAAUGUUCAUAGAACUGUUUUGAACGGAGAUUAUCAUCAUUUUCUUCGAUUAGUUAAUAUGAAAAAAGUUAUAAUGAGUCGUGAUUGGCGAGAACGUUCACUACUACAUCUAGCAGUACUCUAUCGUAGAACAGAUUUUGUUCUUCAAUUAAUUGAAUUAUAUCCAGACCUUGUGAAUUAUCAAGAUUGUCUUGGACGUACUCCACUGCAUUAUGCAAUUUGUUUGAAUGAUAAUCGCCGGUUAUUUUUAAAAAUUGUUGCUAAAUCUGGAUUAGUUAAUAAACAGACUAAAGAUUUACGAAAUAUCUCAAUUAAUCAGUAUGGUGAAUUUUAUGAGAAAAAUAUUCCUGAAUAUCGAAAUUUAAUCAAUUCAGAAAAAUCAUGUAUUUUACUUGAACCAAAUUGGCCAGAUCAUAGAAUCAUUUCAUUGACAAUUGAAACAAAUAAUGAGUCAGUCAUCGAGAAAGAAGAAGAUUCUAGUAGUCAGAACAAUGCAAAGUUAGCAAAUGAACAAACAGAAGAAAUUGACAAUUCUUUAUUAUUUCCAAUCCCUAGUGCAUUUAAUGCCUGUGAGUUGAAACGGAUUAACUCAGCAUUUAACUGGAAACAACGGACAUAAGUCAGGAUCUAUAAAUGAUACAACGUUUACAUCGUCAUAAUCAGGACUGUCAAGAAAAACAAACUUUGGACAUUUUCUCUUUUCGACUAUCCACUUUCAAGAAGUUUCUCGUCUUCGUUUAGUAUUUCAACGACGGGAAUUUUCGUUUGGAUUUCCAUUCUGUAAUCAUUUUAUAAUUAUCCAUCUUCAAAUGUAAUGAAUUAUGAAAAAAAAACUUUUGUCUAUUCCACUGAUACAGUCGAACGUCAGUCAGCAGACCAUAAGAUCGAGGCAGGAACCACCUAUUGGAAUUUAAGGUGGCUGAUAAUACCACAACCCUUAAAUAUUACUGCAGCAACAACUCGAUCUUAGUAUUGUCCAAGAUUUGUCGUGGACGUAUCAUCACAAGACUGGAUGACAUCUUCCGCAUUGACUUUGUAAAAAAAACAU